AUGCGGAACGAAUGGAAGUGGAAAGCAGGGGCUCGUGUGCUCAGAGAUGGAGAAGAUAUCGGUAGUUGGCUUGUGAUGGGCAAAGGCCCGGGUGGCCGGCUUGGCUUGGGCUGCUGGGUGUGCCAGCAGGCUGGGGUAGACAACGAGUUUGCAAGUGCAACCGUUGUGUCUGGGAGUUUGGGGAAUAUUCGCCGACAUGGGUCUUCGUCUGCUGAGCAUCAGGAGGCCUUGGCGAAGCUGGGGUUGGAUUCAGUGUUGGGUGCGGUGAAAGAUGCGCCCUCGACAGCAGAGUUUCACCAGGUGCUGCAACGUUUGGGCCAGUCUUUGAGGAAAGGCGUGCCGGACCAGUUUGGGCGUCACAAGUGUGGCCAGAUGCGAUAUUGCUUGGCCGAAGCAUCCCGUGCAUCUGCAAGAACAUUCUUGGCCCAGGCGAAGAGUAUCGCCGUAGCACAGGAUUGCAGAGCCAACAGGUUGCUGAUGCGUUACUGUGCCGUGGACGAACGCCUUAAUGUACGGAGAGGAUUCUUGGGUUCCUGUCUGUUGUAUGGUGGUGAGACUAUCAGCAAUUUGCUUGUCCACAUGGACGCCGUGGUCACGCGAUUCUUCAGCGAGGGUGCGGGCGGGCCCUCUCCUGCCGGUUGCAAUGACGUCCAAAAGGCUCACUUCUGUCAGGCUGUCAGCAUUUUCGUGGCAGACGCAGCAUCAAACGAGCAAGGCGCCGGCCGUUGCUCCCAGCAGCUUUUUCCCAACGUGAUGUCAGUUCAGAAGGAUCGACCGCACGCCGUGCAGCGCUUGCUUCAGAGGCCGUGGUCGGCAGUGCCAGAAUUGAACGAGCUUCUUCAAGCCUUUGUAUUUGGGUCCGGCUCCAUAUGUCAGAAAAUCCAGUUCUCUCAUGUCUUGCAGGGUGUCUUUCAAGCCUAUGUGCGUGAGCAGGAGCAAUGCCCUGUGGCUGGACAACGUGUGCGGAACUUGCAGGCGGCAAAGCACCGCUUUGCGAGUUGUCAUCAGCCUCUCGGGAGGCUCAUCCUGUAUUGGGACUCCAUCUUUAGUACGUUAGACUGGGUCAUCAUAAAGAGAGCGGAUACCGAAGAGUCUGUGCAAGCUCGUGAUUUUCUGCUCCAACUCACUCCGCGGAAGAUGAUUCUGCUUGCAAUGCUGGCUGAUAUUGCUGACGAAGCUCAAGCCUUGGUUCGGUCGGUGGACUCGGAAUCGCAUGAUACCAGCACAUUUCCCGAACAGCUGGCUGCAUACACUUCGCAUCUCCAUCACUUGAUCAACGAGGGCGAGAUCCUGCAGACCGGCUUCACACUGUGCAUGCUGCAGCAGCUGGAGCACAGCCGUGGUUUUAUCCUCGGUGGGCAAAGCAAGACCAUUGGUGGCGAGGAUGCGGUUACAGAGGACGACAUUUUAGACUGCAUCGGUCGUUUGAAAGUUUUCUUGACUUUGACAACGAAAGCAAUCUCCACUGAAUUCCCGACGUUUGAUUUGCUGAGUUCCUUUUCUGUGUUCCGCCUGAAUGUCCAGUCCCGGAAGCGGUCCGGGGACGAUCUGGAUCCUGAGUGGAAGGAUCGCUGCUUCCAGCGCAUGGCAAAGACUUUGAAGGUGGACAAAGCUUUGUUGCUGUCCCAGUUCGGGCAGGUGAAGCCAAUUGCUGCACAUGAGGCCUUGGCGCUGCAGGAUGGGUCUACUUUCCAGGCGUGGCAAACCGCUGUGCAGCGCAUAUGCUCUCGCCGGAGGGCGCAGGAAAACAUCCGAGUGGAGACGUUGGCCGAAGUUCUUGCUUACUACGGAUCCUGGAAUGGUCUUUGCACAUCAGGCGUAGAACAAUCGUUCUCCGUCAUGUGCCGUGUCAUCACUCCAGAGAGGCGGCACAUGUCAGAAGCUUGCCUCUUGGAUGAGUUGCAGCUGCAUUUUGACGGAGAGACAUGCGGCCAUGACGCCCUUUGCACGGGUGCAGUCGUUGUCUGGCAACGUGAGUUCGGCAUCCCUCGCAAGAGCUGCUUCGACCAGGUUACAAUCACAAAGCGUCAGCAGCCCAGCAUCACAGAGGAUGGUCGUGAUGCCACGGAAACAGCUUUCCGCAAACGCCGGCGAGCAGAGGUCGCUGCUUCAGCAAAGCAAGUGUCAAUGGAAGUUGUGGAGUCGGCUGCCAGGGAGGGAAGCGCUCAGUAUUGGUCGGCUUCUGCCUAUGAUGAAGAGAAGUGGCAAGAAAAUCGGCAUUACAAGGCCAGAGUGCAAGCCUUGCUUGAAAACACUUUGGUUGAAUCAGAGAUCGAUGAGGAACUGGUCAUGGUAGCACAAGCAUACAAGGACCAGCAAGCAGAUGCUGAUGCAAAAAGGUUGCGGAAAGAGGCCAAAGCGGACGACCUCCUCCGCCCUUUGCUUUUGAAUGUGCAGGAUCACCCGUAUUAUGUGGCGGACGCAGCCUUCGCUGCCCUUCCGGGUGUGGACGCCACUCGUGCUGUGCAAGACUUGUUUCUUGCAUCCACUUUUGUCGUGAAAGAUCCGGCGAGUCCUCCUGACGACGUUCUGUGGAAGGCCAUGUUGUUGGGAGGGUUCCUGGCUAAUAAAGAUGCCUUGGUCAGCAACGGGCGAUCAGGAGUCGCAUUCCACUGUUCUGCAGCGUUGCACACGAAGCGCAGUAUCUAUAUCAGCGACGACUUCCGAGCACAGCACGCUCCGUUGUUUAGCAUUAUCGACCGAGCUCUCAACGAGCCAGAUUCCAAGUGGCGCCGCCUGCAGUCCUGGGAGGAGUUUUCUGAUAAGAGUCACGCUGCUUGCGGCGAUCAUGUGGCCCAAAAGAAAACGUACCAGGUGGUAGCCUUGGCAUCGAGAGCUGAGGCGGCAGCUGUCAACAUGGCAAAUGUCAUGGAUCAGAAAAGCUUUGAGAGCUUCAUGCUACGACAGUCGGUGGCGAAGAAAGGUUUCGGCG